AUGAACUCCGAGGGCACAUUCGGCCAAGGGCCGCACCACCUGCCGAUGGGCGGCCAGCACGGCUUGUAUUAUGCGCCGGCCACGCCCGGCGGGCCGUACGGCGAUCCGCUUGACCCGCUUUCCAUGAUGCAAGGCCCCGACGGCCAGCGUGGCGCCCCGCCGACCGAGCAGCAGCAGCAGCAGCAGCAGCAGCAGCAGCAGCCCCACGGGCGCAUGGUCGUCCAGACGUCCUCCUCGCCGAUGCCCAGCGGCCCGGCAUAUCACCACGCCCUUGCCGGGCCCGGUGGGCACUUUGCCCCGGGGACCGGCGUGUACGACGAGCUGAAGGCCCCGGCCGGGCCUCCCGGCGGCACGGCGCCCGGCCACGGGAAGUCCUCCUCGGCCGACCUGUCCAUGACCUUUUCCCCGGUGGACCCGCAUGCGACCGGCUAUGCCGGGCCCAUGUCCGGGCAAAUGUACCCCCCGGGCCAUUUGGCCUCUUCGCCGUCGGUGGCCGGCCCCGGGGGCUUUGCCCCGCCGCCGGGCGCCGGGCCCAUGCUCCCCAACAGCAUCAUGAUCCCCGGCGCCCCCGGCGACCACGGCAAGGACGGCGCCCCCGGGCAAUCGGGCGGGCCGCCCGGCGUCGGGGGGCCGCCGCCCGCGGCCAAUGGCGCCGGGCCGGCCCCCUCCUCACAUGGCAUCACCAUCCAGACGUCCGGCUAUGGCGGGCUCAUGGCGGCGGCAUCGCGCUCGGCGGCCUACCUGCCCCCGGCCGGGGCCCUUCUCCAGGCCGUCGGCCCGGGCUCCGGGCUGGGCCACGGGGCCUUUGUGUCGGCCGGGCCCGGGCCGAUCCCCGGGCUGUCCGGGCCGGCGGGGGCGGCCUUUGCGGCCGCGGCCGCCGCCGCCGCCGGCGGCUACACCACCCUCCUGCCGGGGGGCCUGUUCGACCCGAUGGCCGGGGUGCCCGGCGGGCCGGGGGUCGUGCGACCCGGCGACCUGGGCGUCAUGCCCGGCAGCCUGGCCGACGAGGACUCCACCAUGCAGCAGCGCCGGCAGGAGCGCAAUCGAGCGGCCGCCCGGCGCAGCCGCGAAAAGAAGAAGGAGUACCUCAGCGAGCUGGAGACCACCAACCAGGCCCUGCUGGCCGGGACGCAGGACCUCCGCCGGCAUGUGGAGCGCCUGCAGCGCGAGCUGUGCCGCCUGCACGGGGUCGACUUCGACCCGGACCUCGAGCCGGAGGCCCUGACCCGCCGGCUGCUGGAGCUCGGCAGCGGCCCGGCCGCGGGUAAGGCGGCCGCCCGUCCGGGGGGCCCGGGCCGCGGGGCCACCGGCCGAGCCCCGGCCCCGGCCCCGGUGUCCGUGGCCCUGGCCGCAUGCCCGGCGGCGGCCGGCGCCUCGCCCGACAACGCCAGCGCCGGUGAGCAGGCCAGCGCGGCCAUGUCGCCGCCGGCCGGCGACCGGGCCCCCCCGCCGGCCCUGGACAUGGCCCUGUGCCGGGGCCCGGCGACCGGCGCCCCGGUGGCCGAUGGCGGCGGCGGCGACCGGUCGGCCGCCGCCGCCGCCGCCGCGGACCCCGGUGCCGGCAGCUCGGCCCCCGCCUCCGGCCGGGCCUGCGCCAUGUCGUCGGGCAGCGGCAGCGGCAGCCCGGACGGCCGGCCGGCCGGCGGGUCGCCCACGGCCACCGAGUAUGCCCCGCUGCCGAGUGCAGGCGGCCAGCACCCGGGCCCGCAGCCGCACCAUGCGUACUAUCCGGCGCUCGGGGCCGAGGGCGAUGGCCUGGCCACCGGCCAGGGCGCUCCUCUGGCGCACGAGGCAAGCCAGGGCCACCACCACGCGCACGCGCACGCGCACCACCACGCGCACGCGCACCCGCACCCGCACCACCCCCAGUACCAUCCGGACCGUCUGUACCAGUAUGCGCAUGGGCACCACCUUGUGUCGAGCGACGAGCAGCUCGGGUCCUCCUCCUCGUCGCAACACAUGGACCUCGACCGCGGGAUGUCCUCCGGGCCGGAUGAGCUGACUGCCGCAUGGUCCAGCGACGCCGGCCCGGGCGCGGCCAUGAUCUUCCACGAGCCCGGGCUGGGCCCCCCGGCCACCGGGCCAGGCGCCGGCUGUGCCCAGCCCAGCAGCACCGGCACCGGCACCGGCACCGGCACCGGCACCGGCAACGCCAGCGACACCGCCAACACCCCGGCAAGCACCAACCACACCGGCCCGGAAGCCGGCGCCGAGCAGGCCCACAUCUCCCCGCCGUGCGCGGGAAAAGACCUCGGCCCGGGGGCCGGGGGGCUGGCCGAGGCGCCCCCCGGCCUGCCCGGGCCCCAGGCUGACGCGUAUGCCCCGGACCCCGGGCCGGAGGCCGAUGCCGCCGGGACCCCGGCCAUGGCGUGCAUGCUCUCCGGGCCGGGCCCCGGCGAGGACGCCCCCCCGGAGCCCGGCCACGAUGCCGCCGACCGGGAGCCCCCCGGCCCCGGGGAGCCGGACAACACGACCGGCCGCCAGCCGGCCGACCAGGACCCGCCCGAGGAGCAGGCCGAGCCGGAAGCACCGCAGAGCCCCGGGGAGGAGCCCUGCUCGCCGGGCGGCGCCCCGGGGCACGGGCCCCCGGGCGGGUCCGGCAGCGGGGCCGGCCCGGCCGGCCGCAUGCUGAGCCCCAUCCCCCGGGGCGCCGGCGGGCCUGGCAGCAGCUGGACCCCGCCCGGCGGCAAGUCCGGCCUGCUGGCCGCGGCCGGCGUGGGCCGGCGGCGCUUCGGCGGCUCCAACCGCAAGGCAGCCACCGGGCUCCCCGCCGGGCGCCUGGCCGUGUGUGACAUGGCCCUCUCCCGGGCGCGGUACCCGCCGUCGGCGACCGGCUCGUCCGCCUCGCCCGGCGGCAUGGGGCUCCCCUCGGACCCGGCCAGCCCGCUGGUCAUGCACCAGCCCCGGGCCGAGGGGGCUGCCAGUCUGGCGGCCACGCCGCCCGGCUCGGGGGCCGAUCGCCUGGCCGGCACCGAGCCGGAGCACGGCGCCCCGGCCGGCCCCUCGGCAUACUCGGGCCCCGGCCCGGCCGGCGCACCCCCUUCCCGGCCGCCGACGCCACAGCAGCCGCAGCCGCAGCCGCAGCCGCAGCCGCAGCAGCACCACGGGCAAGGCGGCGACCUGGGGGGCAAGCACCACCCGGGGCUCAUGGCGGCCGGGCAGCACCCGUACCAGGCACCGGGCGGCGGCCAGCAGGCGGCCCCGGGCCCCUCUUCGCCGGGGCCCGGCAGCGCCCCCGGGUGCGGCACCGCGUCCGGGCCCAAGAUCCAGCCCUUGCCGAUGGCGGCCCUGACGGCGGCGGCCGCGCACCCGGCCCCCGGCCGGUCGCCAGCCUCCAGCCCGAUCGUGCGCUUCCCCCCCGGCGGGGCGGGAGGCGGCCCGGGCGGGCAGCCGCUGGCCGGGGCCCGGCCCCGAUCCCUGGGGCCCGGCGCCGGCGCCACCGCCGUCGCCGCCGCCGCCGCCGCCGCCGCCGCCGCCGCCGGGGCCCACCCGGCCGCCCGGUACAUGGACGCCCAUGGCGGUGGGGUGUUCUUCCCCCUGCAGGAGGACGGGCCCGGGGGGCUCGGCGGCAGCGCCAGCGCCGGCGCCCUCGGGCCAGGGUCCGCCCCCGGGCCCGGCAAGCUGCCCAAGUACCUGUACGGCCUGGAUGGCGAUGCCCUCGGGGUGGACGAUCUGACGCAGAGCGCGCCGGCCGAUCUGGCCGGCAUCGUCUACCGGGCCCGGAUGAUGGAGGGGGCCGGGCAUGCCGGCGGCAGCGCCCUGGCCACCACCAUGACCGCGUCCUCCAGCUCCGGCGCCCUGGCCGACUCGAUGGAGGAUCUCCGGGCCCCGGCGGGGGGCCGGUCAUCCGGGCAUGCCUCCGGCGUGGCCACCCCGGUGGACGGGGCUCCAUGCGCGGGCCCCGGCGGCGGGCCGCGCCCCGGUCCCGCCGGCGACGAGGGGUACUUCUCGCCGGAGGACCACCUGCACUACCUGCACCGCAUGCCCAGCCCGGCCGGCGGCCAACAGCAGCAGCAGCAGCAGCCACCGGGCGUGGGCCCCACCGCCACCACCACCGCCGCCGCCACCACCACCACCACCCCGGGCCCGGCGGGUCACCUCGGCUACCAGCCGCACCACUCGGCCCAGGAGGAGCCCCCCGGGCCCCCGGGCCCCGGCGGCGAGUACUACUUUGGCGCCAUGGCAGACGGCGCGACGAUGGAGACGCUGCGCUCGGUCCCCGGGGCCGUGCCCGACACCGGAAGGUACUUCUUCCAGGAGGACUCGCUCGAGGGGGGAGGCCCGCCGGACGCGCAGCCCUAUCCCCUCCAUCCGCACCACCUCCACCACCACCUCCACCAGCCCCACCCCCAGCAGCAGCAGCAGCAGCAGCAGCAGCAGCAGCAGCACUUCCAGCACCCGCACCGGGGUCAGUUCCUCGGCGCGACCGUGGAGGAUGCCCAGACGCUGGAGCUGCCCAGCUCGCGGCAGCACCCCCCGCCCGGCCGCGACGACGGGGGCUACCACCACUACCAGCAGCAGCAGCAGCACCACCAACACCACCACCACCACCACCACCACCAACGCCACCACCACCACAAUCACCAUGAGCAGCUCCAUGAGGCACUCCCGGGCCACAUGGCAGCCGAGGUGCUUGCCGCCCCCGCGGAGGGGCAGUUCCUCCAGCCCCGUGGCGGCGGGCCCCUGGCCGACGACCCCGGCCCGGCCAACGACCUCCGGGACAUCGAGGGGGGCCCCUGGUCGCGGUGGCAGGCGGCCCCCGCCGGCGCGGCCCCCCAGCCCAGCCCCCCCAUCGGCCGGGGGGGGGGCACCCUUGGCAGCGGAGGCAAUGGUGCGGGCGCCCGGGCGUCCGGCAUGAUGAUGGCCGAGGCGGCCCCGGCGUCGGCCGACAUGGUUGCCAUCCGCGGCGUCGAGGGCGCCCCGGAUGCCGGCGGGUGUGGCGCCGCGCCGGCGCCGCCCCCUUCGGACGGCGGCCAGCACCACCCCUAUCAUCACCCCCUGGCGCCGGGGGAGAAGGCUGGCCACUUUGGGGCCGGGCUUUCGCCCUCCGGCCCGGCGGGCCUGGCCAUGCCCGAGGACCUCCCGGCGCACCACCACCACCACCACCACCAGCAGCAGCAGCGCCACCACCACCACCACCACCACCAAUUCCACCAGCCGUACUAUGGCCAGCAAGUCCAUGCCCCUGGCCAGCACCAGGGCCAUCACGGCCUCCACCACAUGAAGGACAGCCCGGCGCCGGCCAUGACGCCGACCGGGCAGCAGCAGCAGCUGCUGCUGCUGCAGGUGCCUGGCAAUGGCGGCGGGGGGCCGGGGGGAAGUUCCUCCUCCGGGACGCCGCGCCCGGCGGUGUCCGCCAGCAGUUCGUGGCAAGACCUCGAUGCGGUCAUGGCCUCGGCCGCCGAGUAGGGCAAAGUUGAAGCCGACGAGCCGUUGCGCGCAUGUGUGUCUGCGCGCGCGCGCGAAAGCGUGCCUUCCUGCCGGCCGCGCCAGGCCGCCGGCGGGACUCACCUGUCCCGGGCUCACGAGGCCAGCAGUCAGCCUCCUCCGCCAAGGCACGGGUGCUGGAUCCGAGGGAAAAAAAAGCAAAAAAAAAGAAAAGAAAA